AUGUCCUUCGACAGCUCCAACACUACCAGCGACGGCGUCAGCGCCAGCGCCAACGCCACCGUUCCCGAGCUUCGCGAUCCCGACUACGUCACCGCCGUGCUGCAACUGCCUGCGGGCCGCACCGAGUGUCAGGUUGACGACGACCUGGUAGCAAAGGCCAAUGCGCUGGGCAUCUCCACCGAGGCGGCCACCGAGAAGCGCAUUACUUCGAGCGUCGAGUCUGCGUCCACCGUGUACAAUGCACGCACUUUUUCUAUGCUUUCGGGUGGAUCCACGAGCACAGCACUCACCGCACACUCAUCGUUGUUCGCACCCACGACACCCGAUCUCGGAAUCGCCAGCGCCCGAGAAUCCAAGGACCUCAACUUCGCCCAGUACGACCGCUAUCUGUCAAUACUGGACCCUCACCAAAACCCCAGCAGGUGUCUCAAGGAGCCAGCCCAGGCCGAUGCUACUGCCCAGAGCGUUUUCAGCGGCAAGACCAGGAGGAGCCUCUUCAGCGUCAAGUCGGGCCUCAAGAACCGGAUACGAUGGCGGAAGAAGGCGCCCCAAUCCCUCGAAGUAAUGAUGACCUGCUUUCGCUGUCGCUCCGACUUCAAGACCUCGACUUCACUUCACAACAUUCCCUGCGGCCACACUUAUUGCGCCGAUUGCCUGGAAACCAUUGUUACCCAAGCGAUAGCUGAAGAGUCCAGCAUGCCACCUCGAUGCUGCGAACAGCCACUGCCAGGGACGAUUAUCAAAGAUCUGCUGAGCCGUGACGCCCAACAACAAUUCCUCAAGGCCAUUGUCCAGUACGGCACACCUUGGCAAGCCAGGAUAUUCUGCCCCAACGCCUCGUGCGGAGAGUUUAUCCCGCCGCACCACAAAUUGGACCACAAACAUCCGUUCAAUGUAACGUGCCGCAAGUGCAACACCCGGGUAUGCCUCACGUGCAAACGCAAGGCCCACCCGACCGGUAAAAACUGCCCAGAAGACUGGGAACUGGACCACAUGAUCAAACUGGACGGGAAGGAUGGGGCAAGGAGAUGCUACAAGUGCCAGAACUUGGUCGAGAUGGUCGAUGGGAGCACCCAGAUGAAGUGUCGUUGCGAUGCCGAAUUCUGCUCUAUCUGCGGUGGCGUUUGGGAUGCCAAGACUGGAUGCCCCAAUUCUUGCGAUUUCGAAGAAGAGCUGGAACGACGAAGAAAGGAGGAAGAGGUUCAACUGGCCCAGUACGAAGAAGAGAAGGCGGCACAGGAGGCGGCCGCGGCAACGGCGUCUGCCGAGCGUCUCGAAGCCGAGGAACGAACGAAGUCUCGAGACGAAUUCCGAAGCCUGGGAGAAUCACAGACCCAAGAAAUGCGACGGUUCCAGGAGUUUGCAGCGAAGACCAAGGAGGCCAUACAUACCCGCCACGCUCAAGAGAAAGUGACAUUGGCGGCAAAGCAAGCCGAGCAGGAGGAGAAGAUGAAGGAGCGGCAUGUCAGGACGGUUGCUCAUCUCGAAGACCGACAGGUGGCGGCCGAGAUGGACCUACGGACUACGCUGGAACAGAGCGAAAGGAGUGUCAAAAUCCGUCUGAAGCACAUGGAGGCCUAUUGUGAUGGCCUGGGCCGCAGCAAUGGGCAAGGCCCUGGCAGUGCGCUGCCACCACGUGUAGUGACGGAGCGUGACCUUCGCGAGUUGGGCCAGCAAUACAACCUCCGAGACGGCAUGGAUCGACUUCACCAGGCCAAGAUCAACGUGAUGCGCGAUCGGCAGGCGAAACGAAUGGAGGAACUAGCCGAUCGACAGGAUUCAGAAUUGGAGAAGCUCACGGACAAGGGCCAUCAAGACCAAGAAGACUGGACAUUGCAAGCCGCACAGGAUGACGAGACUCAUGCGACCAUGUUCGCGUCGCGCAAGGCGAAACUCAUCCGCCGAUGGGAACUGAGCAUCGAAAUCCUCCGGAAGGAGCUCGAAACACAGGACGGCCUCAAAUAUGCGCCUAUCCCCACGCCGGUAUGGCCCGACGACAACGACAGCAACGCAUCAACCGCCGAGCAGAUUCAGGCGUGA